CUUCCUUCAUCAUGUUCACAAAGGCUGUCGUUGCCCUCGCCCUCGUGGCCGUUGCUGUCUGUGCACCUUCUCAACCAGCUUACGGCUACGCUCCUCAGCCUACCUACGAGGCCCCUGCCAAGUACGACUUCAACUAUGCCGUGAAGGACGACUACUCUGGCAACGACUUCGGUCACCAGGAGGCCCGUGAUGGCUACGACACCCAGGGUUCCUACUAUGUCUUGCUUCCCGACGGUCGUCUGCAGAAGGUCGCCUACACUGUCAACGGGGACUCCGGUUACGUGGCUGAGGUCAGCUACGAGGGUGAGGCUCAGUACCCCGAAUACAAGCCUGCCCCUGCCUACAAGCCUGCCCCUGCCUACAAGCCUGCUCCUGCCUACAAGCCUGCUCCUUCUUACCAGCCCGCACCUGCCUACAAGCCAGCUCCUUACCAGCCUGCUCCUACCUAUGAGACCACCCCAGCCUACGCCUAAGUGAAUUUCGAUUAAAUAAA